CCCAUCUAAAACUUCCCUCUUACAUCACCAUUUGAACUUUGGUCAUCGCGCCUUAUUGAUCUCGCGAUAACGCACGUUUCUGCAUCUCUCCAACACCCCAAACAGACACAAACAUCAUGAACAAUUUCGGCGUCAUCGAAGUCGCCAGUCAAAAGACGAAAAACGCCCCAGGAUGGGCGUACGUCCCAGAUACCGGCCUUACGCCCGCCGCGGCCGCUGCGCUACAACCUCUCAACCGCAAACGUGCUGCGCGCGACAAGGCCAAUGUCGGCGCUCCCGAUCUUACUGCCAGGCAGGAUGCGAAGAUUCGGAAGGAUCUCGAGGCACUGGACAAAGAUUCACAUAGGGAUGCGCAGAUUCCCAUACCGCCCAAGGCGGGUGGGACUAGAGCCCAAAACAAACACACACCGAACGUGCGCAAGAUUCUACAAUCACAAAAGACCUUUGCGAACCACUUAGAUGACUUUCAAGCCUUCCUGGCACUAGCCGAGAGCAAUCCUCAACUUGCAGCUCAUGUAAACAAACCAACACCGACGACAACAACAACAACAGCAACAACAACAGCGAGGAACUCGCCCGCUCCAUCGACUAUCACCACCGCAAGUUCAAAUAAACGCUCCUCGGCCGCUCCCAAAAGGGCAGCAGCGACAGCAGCAGCAGCAGCAGCAGGAGCAAAAGAAGAAAAGGGCGGGUCCCACAAAAAGCUCAAGACCCAACCACAACCGAAAGCCGUCGCCGGCAGCGACGAUAUAGAGAUGGCCGAUGGCCCUGAAGCCACAGGAGAAACCAUAACCCCAGACUCCUCAGAACCAUUUCCUCCCCCACGUCCCGACACACCAACAUCCCUUGAGCCCUCAACAACAGCAACACCACCACCAACAACAACAGAACAACCAAACAUCCAAUCCUACCCACCAGACGGCACCAUCCUACCAGCCUACAACCGACCACCACCCACUCCCCACCCAGGCGACGACGACCCCCUGCUCGUCUCGCGCGUCCCUCCCUUCCCAACGGACGAAGAGCUCCGGGCGUUGAUAACGGCUCCACCGCUGAGCUACCUCGAGGCGCGGGCGCAGUGGACCGAGGAGGAGGAGGGCAGAUACCCGGCUCGUAGGUUUUGCGAAGUGUGUGGGUAUUGGGGACGUGUGAAGUGCAUCAAGUGCGGGGCGAGGGUUUGUGCUUUGGAGUGUCUGGAGGCGCAUCGGGAGGAGUGUUUGGUUAGAUAUGGGUUGUAGGUUUAGGGUUUCGAGGCAGCGGGAAGAUAAGAGGUAAGGUGGGUAGGAGAUGUGGAAGCAGAACUGAAGGAUGUGUCACCUCGGCCAAUGGUGCUCAUGGACGAGUUACCAUUGAGGUCCGUCUCUACUGAAGUCCUAAUCUGAAAGGCCGUUGACACGCGAUCAGUAUCAUGCAGUACAUGGAAACAGAAAUUGGAGAACCGAAAUGCAGGCUCAGUCUUCUCUUCUGGAGUGGAAUUUGAUUCCCUUGGCCGAGACGAGUUAAGGGCAACUUGACUCUUUCAGCGAGGCUUAGAGAGGAAUGAAGGACCUCUACUGUACAGUUCACAUAUUUUGAUGAUGGAAGCAUUGCACUGAAACACCAAGCACCCGUUGUUGAGACUUCCACUUUGAGCAACAGUACUGGCAAGCAACGCCGCAUCAACAAGCAUCGAUAUAAAGCCCAUAAACUGGGUUCACAAGGGACAGGGUUGCCAGGAGACUCUAUCGAGUUAUUGCUGGAAGCGGCUGGAAAGAGGCUACUUCCCACACCCAGCACGAGCGAUAACUCUAAUGCCUUCAUGCCACUCCCCGUCAAGUCCCGUGGUGGUGGUGUUCACUUCAAGAAUGCCCCUGGCGAAGGGCGGGAGCGAGUCAUCUUUGCUUUGGACCCCCAUGUCAGUCACUACUUAUAGUUAUAGCUCCUCCUCCAACGGUGAUCGAGCAAGUUCCGUCGCCAAUGGCUCUGACAAACGAAGAGACGAAAAGGAAGGGAAGGACGGGAUGGACGGAAAGGUUGGAAAGGAUUUGGUGAUGGGUUGGUAAAGCGCCAACACUCCGGGAUUAAGCUCGAGUCCCAGGACUGGAUGGUAUGGUAACUUAACGGGUGGUGAAAAGUUCGGAUUUUGAUUUCUCGGCUUUGCAUGAUGGGGUCGAGUCAUGUGUUUGCAACACUUUUGCGCAGUUCUCCUAUAUGUUUAAUUCACCUUUGAGUUGAG